GAGAAAGGAGUCAAACGUUCCGGAGUCGAACUUUCUAGAACUUCCUCCAAUCGCCCCCAAUUUCAAGUCUCACUUCUCAAUCGAUUCAUCGCUGGUGCAGAUUAAGUUUUGGGUUUAGGUAUUUCUUAUGGAGAGGAUUGUUGGAGGAAAGUACAAGCUGGGUCGCAAGAUCGGAAGCGGUUCCUUUGGCGAAAUAUAUCUAGCAACCCAUGUCGACACCCGCGAGAUCGUCGCCGUCAAGAUUGAGAAUAACAAGACAAAGCAUCCACAACUUCUGUAUGAGGCCAAGGUGUAUAACAUUCUCAAACAUGGAAGCGGUGUCGCGAGCAUUAGAUGGUCUGGAGUAGAUGCAGACGACAAUGUCCUUGUCAUUGACCUUCUAGGACCUAGCCUUGAAGACCUGCUUGUGUACUGUGGGAGAAAGUUUUCGCUGAAAACUAUUCUAAUGUUGGCUGAUCAGAUGAUUGCAAGAAUACAGUACCUGCAUUCCCAGGGGUUCUUGCAUCGAGACAUCAAACCGGAUAACUUCCUCAUGGGUCUUGGCAGGAAAGCGAAUCAGGUUUACAUUAUUGAUUUUGGGCUUGCGAAAAGAUUCAGGGAUUCUACGACAAACAGACAUAUUCCUUACAGAGAGAACAAAAAUUUAACUGGAACUGCACGUUACGCGAGUUGCAACACUCAUUUGGGUAUAGAGCAAAGUCGUCGCGAUGAUUUGGAGUCACUUGGCUAUGUUCUUCUAUACUUUCUGAAAGGAAGCCUUCCUUGGCAGGGUCUAAAGGCUGCCACAAAAAAGCAAAAAUAUGACAAAAUACGUGAGAAGAAAAUAGCAACACCCAUUGAGGUCCUAUGCAAGUCACAACCUGUGGAAUUUGCAUCAUACUUCCAUUAUUGUCGCUCCUUAACCUUUGAUCAGCGACCUGAUUAUGAUUUUUUGAAGCGCUUGUUCCGUGAUUUAUUUACUCGCGAAGGAUAUGAGUUUGAUUAUGUCUUUGACUGGACAAUUAUGAAGUACCAACAAGCAGCACAACAAGCAAGAGUGCAGGCUCAGUUUUCUAAUUUACAGCCUGUUGGAGUAAGCAGCAGUCAAGCACAGCCAACGGCCGUAAGUAAGCAUAAAGAACCAAGAAGCUCAAGUAAUAUUGCAAAUCCAGAUGUUCAUGCGCAUUUUAGAUCAUCAACGACACACGUCUCAAGUGCUGAAACAAUAGCUAAAAAUGCUGUGAGCAAUGCGCCGGUUCCUUCCACUGCGUUUGUCACCAAAAGAAACUUUCCUUAUCCAGAGGGGCCAUCGUCAAAUUCAAACUCGGGUCGUGCAUAUGGGAACAAAGAUGUAGCUUCAAGUAGCUGGUUAUCACCAUCAAACAGAAUAUCUUCAGCAAAGCAAUAGCUACAGUAUGAAGUGUUGUGCUAUCAGUUUGGUUGCUUAUUCUUCCAACAGAAGGUGACAUAUGGUGGAUGGUGCCUUGCGAAGAAAGAAGCCUAAUCGAGUGGUGCCUGCCCAAAGUCAGAAGAAUCUACCGGACAUUGCUUGGACUCGACCUGUCAGCACAUUGAGGUUUUCUGCAAGUAUAAAUGGCAAAAAUGACAAAACCUAAUUUCGUAUUGUGUGGAUGAUGUGUAAAGUGUCUUCCCCCAGCACUCUGUUGUUUAAAGAGCAUAAAAUGUUUCUUUGCUGUUAUUCAGUUGUUUUGACCAUGUAUUUCGUUUAAUUCAGGAUUGAGUUGCUUUCUGUUCUUAAUGCUGUAUCUUUUUUGGAUCAAAGCCUUGGAUGUUCACCUGGAUCAGUUUGAACCCAGGUAUACCCUGGUACUUCAGAGUUCUCAUGAAUAAGUAAACCUUUUGUUUCAGAUAUUGAAAUGAGAGAAGGGAAGGUUUAUACAGGAUGAAUGGGAGAACUUCAUUGGAUUGUUGAUGUCAAAUGGAGAAUCUUUCUAGUUUUUCCAUUUUCUAUUGUUCUUUUUGAUUAUUUGUGCCUUAAUUAAAGGUUUCAAUGUAAACACUAAAGUCCAUAAGUGUAGAGUACGGUUAGUUGGGAAAGGUUUUUAUUUUUUAAACUCUUUUUUGAGUUUGCCAAGAAAAAAUAAUCUAGUAAUAAUUCCUAAAAAAACGCAAUAUGUUUCGGCUUGUCCUUCAUUUGACUCCUACUGUAGAUAAGAAUCUUUUGAUGCUCACGUGCUUUUACAGAACUUGUGUACAUUUUUCUCUUUUUGGUUGUCUUAAUGUCCAUCCCUUUAGCCUUUCUUUAGGGAUAUGCCCUGCUUUAACUCAAGUCAGCACUGUCGGAUCAUUUUAUUUUAUGCA